UAAUAUGUAAACAAGUUUCAUUUUUACAUAAUAUUAGCUGUUAUCUAUUUUUACAUUUGAUAAGAGUAUACUGGAAAGACUAUAUUUAGAGAGUUCUUAAACUAAAGAGUGGAAUAAAAAUGAACUUCGCCGGAAAAGUAGUAAUUGUUACUGGCGCUAGUUCAGGAAUCGGUGCUGCAACUGCUGUGUUUUUAUCUAAACUCGGCGCCAAGUUAUCCUUGACUGGAAGAAAUGUGGAUAACUUGCAAAAAGUUAAUAAGGACUGUGAAAAAUCAACAUCGACAUUUGUCGUACAGGCUGAUUUAACCAAAGAGAAUGACAUUGAAAAAAUUGUUAAAAGUACAGUCGAUCAUUACGGAAAGAUCGAUGUUUUAAUCAACAAUGCCGGCAUCAUCGAAACGGGAACUAUUGAGAACACGACUUUGGCCCAGUAUGACCGCCUCAUGAACACUAACGUGCGUUCAAUUUAUUAUUUAACAAUGUUAGCUGUUCCGCAUUUACUUAAAACUAAGGGCAAUAUUGUAAAUGUGUCCAGUGUGAAUGGAAUUCGAUCAUUUCCUGGAGUUUUGGCUUAUAAUAUAUCCAAAGCUUCCGUUGACCAGUUUACAAGGUGUGUAGCAUUAGAACUAGCUGCUAAAGGGGUAAGAGUAAAUUGUGUCAAUCCUGGGGUUAUUUUGACUGAGCUUCAGAAACGAGGAGGUCUCAGUGAUGAGCAAUAUGCAGCAUUUUUAGAGAGGACGAAAGAAACUCAUGCUUUAGGCAGGCCUGGGAAACCUGAUGAAGUAGCUGCAACCAUUGCAUUUUUGGCUAGUGAUCUAGCUAGCAAUAUUACUGGGGCAAGUUUGCCUGUUGAUGGAGGCCGCCAUGCAAUGUGUCCUCGUUAAAAUAUUUAUAAUAUGUACUUAUUCUGUAAGUAUAAUGUGGGAUGCAGGAAUAUGAAAUUGUACUAUA